AUGAGAGAAGCAGUGGAUAAGAAGUUGUUUAGCGGGUUCCUAAUGGGGAAAAACAAUGAGGCAGUCAGCAUCCUACAAUAUGCUGAUGACACCAUAUUUUUUGGUGAAGCUACAAUGCAGAAUAUGAAGGCAAUCAAAAUCAUUCUGAGGAGUUUUGAACUUGCAUCAAGCCUCAAAAUCAAUUUUGCAAAAAACUGUUUUGGGGCAAUUGGGAAAUCAGAUCAGUGGAGGAAGGAGGAUGUUGAGUAUCUAAAUUGUAGCAUGCUGUCCAUGUCAUUCAUGUAUUUGGGUAUCCCCAUUGGUGCAAACCCAAGACGUAACGAGUUGUGGGAUCCUAUCAUUAGAAAGGUACCCACCAAAGUAGUGAACAAGUUGGUCAGUAUUCAACGUAGAUUUCUAUGGGGCGGUGGAAUGGAGCAAAGGAAGAUUGCGUGGGUCAAAUGGGAAACGGUGUGUCUCCCAAAAGACAAAAGGGGUCUAGGCAUAAAGGAUCUCAAGACAUUCAACACAACAUUGCUUGGGAAGUGGAGAUGGGAUCUAUUUCAGCAGCAUGGGGAACUGUGGGCCAAAAUUAUGGAUUCUAAAUAUGGUGGAUGGAGAUCCCUGGAUGAAGGAAUAAGAGGCAGCAAUGAAUCUCCAUGGUGGAAGGAUCUAAUGAUGGUGAUUCACUAA